UCCAAACCAAAUACAAUUAUUUGGAGUAUGGAGACCAAUUUUUUCCUUCUUCACUUUCUACUCAUUUUGUGCUUGUUCUCUUCACAGAUAAAGAUCAUUAAGGUUUGUUUUGGCAAUGAAGUUACAUGCAUAGACAAAGAGAGAGAAGCACUUGUUGUAUUUAAACAAGGCCUCACUGAUCCUUCUGGCAGACUUUCCUCUUGGGAGGGAAAAGAUUGCUGCAAAUGGAAUGGAAUCAAAUGCAAUAAUCAAACUGGUCAUGUCAUCAAUCUCGACCUUCGAAAUCCUUAUACAUUAAUCAAUGGAGGAGUUGGUGACCAAGAAACUUAUGAGAGGUCUUGUUUGGGUGGUAAGAUUAGUCCUUCUUUCCUUGAGUUGCAAUAUUUAAGCUAUUUAGAUAUAAGCUUUAAUAAUUUUGAAGGAACUCAAAUUCCUGAAUUCUUGGGUGAACUAAAAAAUUUGAGAUAUCUUAACCUCUCUUUCUCAUCAUUUUCUGGAUUUAUUCCAUCUCAACUUGGAAAUCUGUCUCGAUUGCACUAUCUUGACCUUUAUGCAAGAUCACAUAGCAAUGCAGGCGCGUGGGAGCUACGCGCUGAUAAUCUGCAUUGGCUUUCAGGUCUAUCUUCUUUAAAGUACCUGAACAUGGGUUAUGUUAAACUCCAAGAUGUAGGGCAUGAUUGGCUUCAAGCUAUUAAUAUGCUUCCUUCUCUGUUAGAGUUAAACUUGCAAUACUGUGAACUUGAUAGUAUUCCACUUUCACUUCCUUCCAUUAACUUCACUUCUCUUUCUGUUCUUGAUUUAUGA